AUGUCUCAGGAACUGGUUGAUCAAGUAUCUAAGUAUCUAACCCCAGCUAUUCCAAUAGAGCCAAUUUCACAGGGUGCAGAAGCUGUCGUAUUCACCACCACAAUACAUCCAUACUUACCAACCAUUAAUGAGAAACAAAAGUUCAUUAUAAAAUAUAGACCAGCAAAACGUUACAGACACCCCAUAAUUGACAGGAGUUUAACCAAGCAUCGUACAUUGAGUGAGUCACGUCUUCUGGCAAAAUUAUAUCAAAUUCCAGGUAUUCAUGUUCCAAAACUAAUAGCAUGUGAUCCCUAUAACGGUUGUAUAUGGCUGGAGUUCCUUGGAGAAGAUCUUCCUGAUGCGUUUGGGUUUAGUAAUUUAAAGAAUUUCCUAUGGAUGCAUGCCUCUGAGAACCAAAAUCCAUACGGUGAUAUAGUUAGAGAAACUUUAUUCAAAGUUGGUGAACAAAUUGGGUUAUUGCAUUGGAACGAUUAUUGUCAUGGGGACCUUACCAGUUCGAAUAUUGUCUUAGUGAAAAAAGACGAGAAGUGGGAACCGUAUUUGAUUGAUUUUGGACUCGGAUCCACUUCCAAUCUUGUCGAGGAUAAAGGUGUCGAUUUAUAUGUUUUGGAGAGAGCCAUUCUAAGUACACAUUCGUCAUAUGCCGAAAAGUAUAAUGAGUGGCUCAUUGAAGGAUUCUCGGAAGUUUAUAAGAGCAAUGGUAAACAAGGUGCCAAGAAGCUUAACGAAGUGAUGAAAAGAUUUGGGGAAGUGAGAUUGCGUGGUAGGAAGAGAAGUAUGCUGGGUUAA